CCUCAAUAACAACAGUAAACAAAAAACAAAUUGUGAAAUUUCAUCAACAAUUUUUCAAUUAUUAAAGCCAAAUUAGUAUUUAUACAAGUUCAACAAAUCAUUUAUGUUACAAUGGUGGAAGAUACAACUGCUCCAGUAGUGAAAGCCAAGACAAAAACUGCCCGACCGAAACCGGUUUAUUUGUGGACUGUGGCAGACACCCAGAAAUGGUUGCGGAGGCACUGCAGUGAACGGUGCGGAAAAUACAGCGAUCUUUUCCAAAAGCAUGAAAUCACCGGACGCGCUCUGUUGCGAAUAACGGACAGCGCACUUCACCGGAUGGGAAUCGAAGAUGCGAAAGAUCGGGAAGACAUCUUACGGGAAAUGAUCAAACAACGGCUCAAGACUGACAUCAUGGAGAUACGUGAUAUGGAACUGAUGAACAAUGUGUACGAAAAUUGUUAUUAAAAUAUAGGAUCGGAAUGUA